UUCCACUCACAUUGUAACCUCAAAUUCAACCAAAAAAGUAUUUAUAAUAGAAACUGAGAUAAUGUCGUUCCUAUUAAAUAGCCUGGCUAAUGCAGCUAGGACUGCUCUGAUGAGGGUAUCAGUGACAAGUCCACUUGCGAACAGCGGUUUGUUGGUUCCUCAAGCUACAAAUGUCAUGCAAUCAGCUGGAUUCAAAGUUAAGGGUAAACUGAAGAAACGUUGCAAGGACUGCUACUUUGUGAUGAGGGAGAAACGAUUGUUUGUUAUCUGCGAUACGCACAGGAGACACAAGCAGAUGUCCAUGGUGCCUGACGAGAGGAACACCUGGAUGUUGAGUCACGCCACUCAGGGCAAAUUCAGAUCUUGGUAGUGGAAAUGUAUUUAAAUUCGAUUUAGUUG